UUUACCUUAUUUGCUAACCAUCUGAUUAAUUGCUAGUUUCAAAAGCAAUUGUAAACAAAUCUGAUUUCUAUAUUCAGAUUAGAAAAUAAUUCUUCCUAAGCCGCAGCAGAUUUAUGAUUGUGUGCUCUGUUAAACUGGCAAUAAACAUGCAUUAGGGGUCCAUUAACUUCUUUGUAAACAGUUCUUUUCUUUUACAAUUUACCAGAAAAUGUUAAUUUGAAACAAAAUCAGAAGAAGAUGUGCUUGAUUGGAGCAACCAGGGAUUAAAAAAGCUGUGCAAACCAUCAGGAGCACAAUCAAAAGUUUCCAAAUUGAUUCUUGACAACAAUGAUCUCACCCGGUUGGACUGUAUAGAUUCGUUCACUGCUCUAAAGAGUCUCUCAGCUGUUCGUAAUGGGUUAUUGCGAAUGUACAAUGUCACAAGGCUACACCAUUUGGUGUCGCUCAAUCUUGCUCGCAAUGGUAUACUUACUAUAGAAGGUCUCAAAGAGGCAACACAGCUCAAAUGGCUUUGCCUUGCAGGAAAUAACAUCAAGACCAUUGAGCAUCUGAAUACUAAUAGCCUUCUGGAACACAUUGAUCUCUCAGAAAAUAAUAUUGCAUUUAUUACUGACCUCUCCCACCUCACAAACCUUAAAACUUUACUGCUGAAUAGUAAUAAAAUUGGCCACCUUCAGGCAUGUGAUAAAUUUUUACCUGUGGGCUUAGACACAGUGGCAUUAGCAGCUAACAAUAUAACAGAUCUUAAUCAAGUUUCUUUCCUGGUAAACUUGAGAGACCUCCGCCAACUAUCCAUUGCAAAUAACCCAUGUGUUGCUAUGACAGGAAGUAAUGUUGGUUUUGAUUAUAGACCAUUUUUAAUUAACUGGUGUAUGGGACUAAAAGUGAUUGAUGGCUUUAUGGUGAAUGAAAUUGAGAGUCUCAAAGCCGAAUGGCUCUACUCUCAAGGUCGAGGAAGACAAUUUAGGCCUGGUGAUCACGAGUCUCUUGUUGCAUACCUAGCAAGUACUUGUCCUCUUGGUGGAGAAAGUUUAGAAACAGAAGAAGAUAGAAAACUGCGCCUCAUUCUCAGCAAAGCUCAGCAUCAUCAACAACAACUAAAACAGCAGCAGGCUGAUGGUACACUUCAGCGCUCAUCCUCUGUUUCGCCCUUUACACGAAGGCGCACUUCCAAUUCAUACAACCGGUCUAGUCUUAACCGAGGCAGAAGAAGAACCUACACCCCUGACCGGAUGACAUCUAGUUUCCACAGUGAACUUCCUAGCUCUGGGCCUGAAAUGUCACCUCUUAUGACCCAAUCCCUUGAUUUGUCUUUUCUGAACUCAUCUGAUAGUGAUGAUUCUCGCCGUAAAGUACCUUCUCAGCUCGUACCUCAGGAUGAAGAUUCUCCUUUGCACUCUGCAACUGAAAUGAUACCAGUUCCUGAUUCAUUGUUGAGUCCCGAGUUCCGCCCCAUAGAUAUGAUUCCUUUGGGGACACCUGCUCAAACCCCAGCAACACCUGCCACACCUGCCACUCCUUCAUGUCCACUUGCCAAAAAAGGGAUUGCUCAGCCACUAGCUACUGGUCUACCCCGGCCUAGUUCUGCAAGACCUAGCAGUAGGCUGCCUGUCAGAGGUGGAGGGAUGCCAGCUCCGCCUCUCCCGGCUCCAGGUGGUUGUUUGGACGAGUCAAGCACAAGCAGACGAACUGACGCGGUUUCAUUGGGUACACCUUAUGAGCAGCCUGAAACACCUUCAAUGGAAACACAUUACACUUCUCAAAAAUGCACCCCAGUCUUCACAGCUGAAGCAAAUUUGGAACGUGAUGGAAAGCAAUCUGAAGCUGUUGGUCCCAAAAUGAAUGGAGGCAAGAAAGAAGCUACUGAUACCCAUGCCGAUAUGAAUGGCAAGGAGCAAUCAUGCAUCAGUCAAAAACUAAAUGAAACACCUCAAUUUGCACCUUCAAAGCCUAUGCAACGAUCAGAUGCCAAGAGACCCACAAGUCUUGAAUGUGCUGCAACAAAUAUCCAGAGAUUAUGGAGAGGUUACCAUGCUCGAAAUUUAGAUCCCAGAGUAGCCAAAGUCAAUCGUUGUCUGCAGGAUAAACGAACAUUAGAGCAUAUUAGGAAACUGACAGAAGACCUAGAGGGUACCAAAAGUGCAUUAGAAGGUGAGAGGAGAUUGCAACUUCUUCAAAUGCAAGCAAUUAGUGCGCUGUGGAAAAAAGUAGUUUCACUUCAACAAAAUAGUGCAACGCAAAGUAUCCUUCCAACUGUGUCUGCUGCUGAUCUUCUUGGAAGCGAACAAGUCACCUCCAGCAAUAGUGCUGAAUGCAUUCGUAAACUCACCCAUAGCUGUUUGCAUUUGCACACCCAGGUUGCAGAGCUUCAGCAGUCAAUGCAAGAAGUUACAGCUGCUCUCGGCUUGACUUAUCGCCAGGGUCAAAUCCCAAGAGUAACAUUGGCCACUCAGACAGAUUUAAGUGCUGUUCAUACACCAUCAGAUGCAGUUCAUUUUCCUUUUCAGAAAGGUGAUCUUCCAAUCACAUCCACCCAAGAUAUAUCUAUGAGACCAGCAUCAGCAGCUUCUGAGAGUGGCUCUGUCGAGAAAGCUCCAAAUCGACCAUCAAGCCUUCCUUUGAAUGCCCCUCAUCCUUCAUCUCGGCGCCAGACUCCCCCACAACUGAAUCACUUUGCAAGUUCACUUCUGGAUGGUGUGAUGAGGACAGUGUCUUCCACAGACCAAGGAAAUGAAAAUGCUCUUGAUGAAAGUAGUUCAAAGCAAGAGAAUUUAUCAGACACCGCCAAAGAUCAAGUGAAGUAGGGGUUUCGUUUGCACUACCAGAAUGGAAUGUAUUCUGUCAAACAGAAUCUUUUUUGUAUAGUUUUGGAAAGUUUUUCAUGGUGGUAAUGAUGCAUCCCAGAUGCCAUUCUGUUUACAGAUCUAAUAAUUGUUAUUUGUAGCAUGUCUUUUAAAAUCCAUGAUGAAAUAUUGCCAAUGGAAUAGAAAACACUUCUAACAAAAUAGAUCAAGAGUGUGAAUUUGUUAGAUUAUGUAAUUAUACUCUUUUUGAUGUGGUAUGAGUUUUAAUUAAUUGUUGUGUGUUUAAUGAAAUAAUGAUAUUUUCCAGUCUGGAGCUCUCCUCUUUUCAAAUUACAAAUCUUUCGUUGUGAAAGAAAACUAUUAUUUUUGUGUAACAAUUCAUUUAUUUGAUCUCUGAUUUUCAGGGUCUAAACAUUUUUCUUACAUGAAUUAUAUAUGAAUGUACUCUGUUUCAGUUGAAUUUAGUAUAGCUGUGUGAAAGUUACUCACCAAAUUGAUUGUAACUCUAUUCUAUCUUUUACUUGCCCGUACUUAAUUUUGCUAUUUUUCCUUGCUUGUUGAGUAUUGUGUCUUUGUGCAUGACAAUUCAAAUCUGUUGGACAGUUUUGACGGUUUUGAAAACAAUAGGUUAAAGACGUUGAUUGUUGUCACUCAGAGUUAUUUUGUUAGUAUCACAUUUAAAGGGGGAUUAAUGAUUGCAAUGCAUCAAGUGUAUCUUAAAUGCUGGCGUUGAAGUUAGUGGUCGUAAUAGAGCGAGGGGGGGAUUUGGAGGGGACCUUAUGAGUGUUGUCUUACUGCUAGUGAUAGAGGUACGCUUGCUGCGUUGCUAUUGUAAAUCCACCUUAAUGCUGCUCAUAAAACAUAAAUUCACUAAUGAAGUGUAAUAUUUACGAUAAGAAUAUUUAUAAGCAAUGUGUUGAAAAGUCAAAGUUUAUUGAGAUCAAAUUUACUGAAGUAUUAUUUUUUGUGAAUAUGAUUAUAAGUAAUCCUAACUUAAUCCUGACUGGUGAUAUAAACUACCAAAUAACCUCUACAAACAGGUCACCAGCCAGCUAUUAAUACCUUAAAAAUUCAUCAAUUAGAGUCUUUGUGCUUGGACUGACAAAAAGAAUUGACUCUUUUAAAUUCCUGUUGUGUUAAUUCUGGUGUUGCCUUGAGAUGUGUUCAAACCAGCAUUUUCCAAGAUUUUUUAUAAUUAACUGAGUGUUUAAUUCAGUGUUGUCAACUUUAUUUUGUCAUUAUUGCUCCAUCUUAGGUCACCAUAGACUACCAAUAACUGAAAUAAGUCUGUGUUCUUUGCUUUGUUGGUGCUGACAGUGCUAUGAGCAUACUUCUUUACUUUUUAAUUUUCCCUCCACUUGUUAUGUUGGGUAUUUUUGUACUUGUGUACAUUGUGUAGAUUGCCGAUACCUGUACAUAGAGUUGUGUUUCCAGAAAAUUAUUUACUCUGGUAUUACCAUGUCAUAUACGCUUACAUACCUUGUUUUAAGGUGUUAAGCAAAUUUACAAAAAGUACAAUCUGCCUUGCUCAUUUUUUGUUUCUCUAACAUAUUUAAGGUUUAUAUAUUUUAAAACAGUGAGGCACAAUUCCCGUGUUUGAGACACGGUAAGUUUAUUCAUAAAUGUUGCUGGAUUUUCAUCACUGAAGACUUAUAGUAAUGGACCAAACUGCUAUGUUAAACCAAAAUGACAACUUUGCAAUACCACUCAAAGAAUUAGGUAUAUGAGUAAGCGGAGUAAUUGGGUUUAAAACAAAGCUGUUGAGGAGCAGGUUCUUUCAUUUUAUUUGUUUCUGCCAAUACAUAUAAGUAUUAUGAUGCUUAUUAAAAUUUUACCAGUGACUACAUGGGUCUGUGCCCGAAACCCAAACCAUGAACGAUUAAGCUUUUCGUAUCUUUAGAUUACCUCUGAUAUUAUUACGGAGCCCUAGUAGUUUUAAACUGUAGGUGUCUGUAAAGAGGUUCUAAUGCUAGAUGUUAGUUGGCAGACAAAAUUAUCUGUUUGAGCCAACUAUCGGUAAUGUUGUAGACAAUAGAAGAUGAUACUGUACCUACAUAAGUAGAAUUAGCCUGUAAAUCCUGGCAUUUAGUACUUCACUAACUUGUAUUUUUUAGCACAUCUGUAGAUAAAUAUCUAUUCUUGCUUUGGUUUUUCCUCCUCUGUGCAGUACAUAGUCACUGGGCCGCAUUUGUUCUUUCAGUCCAUAUGCCCAAUUUUGUUACACAUUGUCUGUUUGUCAUUUUGCAGGAAUUCUUCCUGGUAAUUUGAGUGAACGAACAACUGUUCAGCCUGCUUCAGAUCUUGCAGAGAUGAUCUCAAGUUUUCUACUUAUUCAUAUUUUAAUACCUAUUGUGCUAGUCAAAGAAAACUGUAAACUUCUGUCAAAUGAAUGACUGAUUUUCUUUUAAUUUCUCAUUGGGAGGAUUAAUAUAUGUAUAUGUUUCA